AUGUCCAAGCUCGAUGACCAUGCAGAUUUGUCCACGGCCUUGAGAUCGCAUCAUUUGGGAACUGCCAGUCCUGCAGCUUCUACCUCUGCUUCAGCCCCAGAGAACCAGACUCGGACCUUGGCUUCGCCAGAGUGGGGCACCAAUCCGCCCAUCAACAUCCGCAGGAAACUGGCCUUGACUCCCUUGCCUACCAGUGGCUUUGAGAGUUCUACAGAGACCAUUGCCUCGGCUGACCUCGCACGGGUGCAAGGUGUCAAGAUUUGCGUUGGCAAGGACAAUUCGGUGUGGCUGCGCAAUGUGGGCAGCCGUGAAGUGGACAUCCCUGAUGACCGAACGCUGCUAGCUUUGGACAAGCACCUGCGCACCGUGGCAGACAUCUUUUGUGACGUGGCCAAGCAUCGAGGUGUCUCGGAGGAAGGAAACAACCGCAUGUUGCAGUACCGCUACACCGUGUCUUGCAACCCCAUGGUCAAUGCCUUCGUCGCGAAGGACUUGGGAAAUGACACAGAGAGGAUCAACAUGCGGGCAGCGCAAUUGGGGGGCUGUCUAUCGCUCCAA